AUGAACGAGAACGAUGAAAACGGGCCCUCGACGCGUCUGACACGGGCCAAGGCCGCUGCCCUGUCAGCGGGUGACGCCCCGGCUCCCGCCGCUAAGAAGCCGCUCCAGACGAAGAAGGCCGCCACCACCACCACUACUGCCGGUCCUCAGAGAAGACGUGCCGCCCUUGGAGAUGUCAGCAAUGUUUCUAAGACCGAGAACGGGGAGGCCAAGGAAGCCAAGAAGCCUGCUGCGACAAAGGUUGGCUUGACAUCGAAGGCGACAUUGCAGGCUGGUGGGGUUCAAAAGCUCACUCGCAACAACUCAUCACGCUCCGCCCUUGGACCUAAGGACAGCAACCCAAAGAAGCCGACCACGGAAACAAAGCGCCCGGGAAGUGGAUCGGGCACCAAGCGGACAUCUAGCGAAAAGGCGAUCCAGGAGAAGGCACUAGAGGAGGAACGGCCACGGAAAAAGGUUGACAUCGAGAAGAAGGUCCCCGAAAAGAAGACCGUCACUGAGAAGCUCGCCAACGCGAAGGAGGAUGUUAAUGUUCCGGUUGAUCCCAAGGUUCUGCAAAAGCCCGCUGACGAAUAUGUCGACGACCUGGAUGCCGAAGAUCUUGACGAUCCCUUGAUGGCAGCUGAAUAUGUUGUCGACAUCUUCGAAUACCUGAAAGAUCUUGAGCUGGAGACCUUGCCCAAUGCAGAGUACAUCGAACAUCAACCUGACCUGGAGUGGAAGAUGCGCGGUAUCCUUGUCGACUGGCUCAUUGAAGUCCACACUCGCUUCCGCCUCCUUCCCGAGACGCUCUUCCUUGCCGUCAACAUCAUCGACCGCUUCCUGUCCGCUGAAGUGGUCGCUUUGGACCGCCUGCAGUUGGUUGGUGUCGCCGCCAUGUUCAUCGCAUCCAAAUACGAGGAGGUUCUUUCGCCGCACGUUGCCAACUUCAGCCAUGUCGCAGACGAAACCUUCACUGACCGGGAGAUCCUGGAUGCCGAGCGUCACAUUCUUGCUACCCUUGAGUACAACAUGAGCUAUCCCAACCCCAUGAACUUCCUCCGUCGGAUCUCAAAAGCGGACAACUACGAUAUUCAGACCCGUACUCUUGGCAAGUAUCUCAUGGAGAUCAGCCUUCUGGAUCACCGGUUUAUGGGCUUCCGUCAAAGUCACGUCGCUGCUGCCGCUAUGUAUCUGGCUCGACUCAUUCUUGACCGGGGCGCCUGGGAUGCCACCCUGGCGCACUACGCCGGAUAUGAGGAAGAGGAGAUCGACCCUGUCUUCCGCCUGAUGAUCGAUUAUCUCCACCGCCCUGUCUGCCAUGAGGCAUUCUUCAAGAAAUACGCCAGCAAGAAGUUCCUAAAGGCAUCCAUCCUUACCCGGCAAUGGGCGAAGAAAUACCACCACUUGUACAUCAACAGCUCGGUGACAGAGCCGUACACUUACAUCAAAGACUCGGAAUAA